UUUUUACUUUAGAAAUUGAUCAGAAAUUGAAUCCAGGAAGAAGUAAUUUACACUAGAAACAACUCCCCAGCCUUGGUAUUACGUAACACUAGGGGUGUGGACAAAGAUUUAGGAAUAGGGGUUUCCUGUAGGUUUGCUUUAGCCCAGCCCCUUUCACGUGUUUUACACUAUAUUGUGUAACAGCACUUGAAGCCGGCAUUUACUUUUUAUUUGCAUUUUCUGCUUCUUUGGCUUGGACAUUCUACAUUAAAUUAACAAAGCAGUGAGGAGCAUGAAGACAGACCUUGCUUGAGGACGUAGAGAUGGAUAUGGGAGUGGGUCUGGAGGAGGAGGUGGAGCAGUCCUGGUCUCUGCUCUCCUGGGGGGCCUCCUGUGUGAUGGUGUUUGGGGGGGUCGUGCCCUACGUACCCCAGUACCAGGAAAUCCUGAGGACCAGUAACACUGAGGGCUUCUCCACAAGGGUCUGCCUGGUCCUUCUCCUUGCCAACAUUCUCCGCAUCUUCUUCUGGAUUGGCAGGCAGUUUGAGCUAACCUUGCUCAUUCAGAGUGUGGUGAUGAUUCUGACCAUGCUGGCAAUGCUUCAUCUCUGCUGCUCUAUCCAGAGCACCAACCGGGUUUCCACCAGACAGCACCACAUCACAGACCUAGACGUGCGCUACUUCUGGCGCUGGAGCAGAUUUGAGGAUUAUCUGAUCUUCUGCUUCGCCUUCACGGUGAUGUCCGCCUUCGUCACCUUCCUCUUCCUCAACUCGGAGCUGUUUGUGGAGGCGCUGGGCUCGCUGGCGGUUAUGUUCGAGGCCAUGUUGGGCCUGCCGCAGCUGUUGCAGAACUUCCAGAACCGCUCUACCAGGGGCAUGAGUGUGAAGAUGGUGCUGCUCUGGAUGGCCGGUGACGUCUUCAAGACCACGUACUUCGUGGUGAACGAGAGCCCCACCCAGUUCUGCGUGUGUGGGACAGUCCAGAUCCUGGUGGAUGUGGCGAUCCUGCUUCAGGUGUUCUUCUACAGCCAAGAGACGAGAUACAAGCUGGGCUGACCACGCCCGACUCGCCCACACCCCACCUCUGCAGCGCUGGCGUAGCCCCUAAUCAGCACGCCGUCGGCAACUUGCCUGAUAUUCGAUGUAUUUAUUUUUCAUUUGUUAUUAUUUGUUUAAAGGUCCCAGAUUGUACACAUUUCCAGUGUUUUAUUUUAGGUCCUGAUGUCCAUAAGAAGAUGGUUUUAAGUACCAAAUCUCACUAUCCAGUUUUACAUGUCUAUUACAUACGUCCAUUCCCUAGCACUUCUCCUGAGCUUUGCCAAGAACAGGCUGUUUUAGUCAGUGUCUGUAAGGUGCAUUGAUAUCAAUGACCCUCCGUUCUGAUUGGCUGGCUUGCUCCAACAAACUGAAUGCAGUCUGUGCCGAGCGCUUGGAUUUGUUCUGGCUACAAGGAGGGCCAUGCUGAAGCAAACAAGCGUAUAGUUAUGAUGUCGUAACUUCACAGAAUCCAAAAGGCUCGACUAAAUGCACAUUUUGUUCAUACAGAUUGUGUGGAUGUGUUUGGCAGCUGUGCAUGAUAACACCUUCAACUCCUUUAUAAUCCGCAUGGCAAGGGAAAUGUCAUUUUCCACAAUAUGGGACCUUUAAGACACAAUGGCCUGUAUCCUGGAAGCAUCUUGGAGCAGCAGUGCUGAUCUAUGAUCUGUUUCGCCUUUUUACUCACGGAUGGGAAUAUGGGAGUCUUGUCUGGAUCUGCACACCUACUCCGGCGAUGCUUUAUGAAUUCAUCCCCUCUGUGUCCAUUAUUCACGUGUUCUUUUAUCAUGCGGGGAAUUAUUUUUGCUUUAGGUCGAGAGCUUCUCAAUACGGUAUGUGUCAAAUGCAGGCAAACUGCAGCUAGUCUCAAACAAACAGUUGUGCCACUGGCCAAGAGGAAGUGUCAGUGUAGUUGUUUGAGUCACAGGCCAUUCACAGUCAAAAGGGUCAAAUAGCAGCUCAAAUCAUGUUGUACACAAUCAUGUCAUGAAUGCCCCUUCAUACUCUCGUCUCAGUAGUGCCAUUCCAGGCGGGAUUCCACCCCCAAGACUGCACGAAUGUCUGUUAAAAAGUCAACAACCGGUGAGCGUAUCAGGAGGAAUUUUGUUCAUUCCCUGCUGAAAAAAAACCGGAUCAAGUUAGGUUUUGAAACAACUGGUAGCUCGUUAACCAGUUCAGACCAGCUCCCAGCUCGACAUGGAUUGGCUGGUUGACCAUUUCAGCAGGUCCCAGCUUGUCAUAAUUUGAUCAGUUCAAGCUAUGUUUUCAAACAGGUGCGAGCUGGUUGACCAGCUCUUACCCAGCUAGACCAGCUCACGACCAGUUUGACCAGCUCAAUUUUCAAGCUUUUCAUGAUUUCCCGUAUUUUAGUCAUAGCAUAUUUUAAUGGGUUUUUCUGAUUCUACUUGCCAUUAUCAUCAGAUCUGCUUUACCUACUCCUACAACACCUACUCCUACUCAUACCAUUUACUUUGUUGAUAAAGAAAUAGUCAAUUAAUUCCAUUGUCUGUUUUGAUGUGAACCAUUUUGCCUUUACUCAGUCACAUUCUAGGUUUAAAAGAAAAAUCAGAACUAUUUUUGUCUCGUCAACUGUUGCAAUUUUCCUGAAUUGGUCUUAAGGAAAUAUACCAAGCUUGACCCACCAGACAACUGUGGGAAUUUCUUUACAUAGGGAAGCACCCUGUGUAAAACAAUUCCCAAGGAAACGUGCAGUAUCUAUAUAAAUUAUAAAUGAUUUGUGAACACAAAACAGGCCACAUAAUAUUUUAUGCUAAUAUGAUGUGACUUGAGUUUGGUUAUUGUUGCAAUUGCAUUAUUUGGCUGUUGAUUUUUUAUGAGCCGGGUUUUAAUGUUUAAUAGGUAGUUUACGAUUAUGAACGUUGAUUCUGCCAAACUACUAGCUUCAUAAAAAAUAGUUAUUAUCAAAAUUGCAUUUAACAGGGCUUGGCCUUUUUUUUAACAACAGAAUUGAAAAAGCUUCUUUUUUUUUUAUCAGAAACCAGUUGACCCGUGUAGUGCCAUUUUCCGACACUGAUUUUGGCAUUCACGCUUUUGACAUUAUUCCGGUCCAUUAUCUGAUGACAUUGGUGCCGAAUGAACUUUUGUCUAUGGACGAGUGGUGCCCUGCAAAAGAAAACAUUUUCAAAAAUGAAUGUUUAUUUUUGAACAUUUUUGCAAAAAGGCUGAGGAGGUAGAGUCUAGAAAAUUCAUCUGAAGUACACUUGAAAAAAACAAGCUCUGAACACCCACCUCAUAUCAUUCACCCUCUGAAAUGUUUUGCGACUCUCUUGCCUUUUGAAUACACCAUCGUUGUCACAGCAGGCGAACCUAUUGUUCAUGAAAUGGCAUUUUUUUCAUGAAAUGGCCCUUUUACUAGUGCUAGUGUGGUCAUAAAAACAGAUUUUAUCACCGGGAGGGCGAGGGGAGUUCACACCUCAAUUGGGCGAAUGGCAUGUCACAGGGAGAGAGAACUACGCUCAGCAUUAAUGGUGUAUGACUGAAUGUCUUUAACUGCAUAUGGAGUAUCUUUCAGAUAUUCAUCUCACAUUGCUAUACAGUACCCCAAGUCUCUCAAUGAUCAGUUCCACUGGAGAAAUGUUGACGUAUCGCGGAAAAGUUACUGAUUCUGUAACAGUGGUGCUUUGUUGACUGACCCUUUCACUCUACUCCUAAAGCAGCCCUGUCAGCAUAAAACAGGUCAGCACUGGAUUACUCCAUCAGUGCGUUCACCCAAUCUAGUGCUUGGUGUUCACUGAGAAGCCAGUGCCUGGCGCUUCUCAGCUGUGCGUUUCAGCGUUGUUGCCAUAUGUUCUCCCAUAGGCUCCGUGUGCUAAUCCUUACGCAGUUAAUGCAGUUACAUAAAGACACUCGGUUCAUUUGUUUUACCCGUAGUUAAUUUGUUUUAGCGCAAUCUGGCAGCCCCAAAGCCUCGGCCUCAGAGGUGAAAAUCAGGGCAAGAUGAACUGCUGGCAAUGGAGAGUUGGGGGAGGUCUGCAUUUAUCCAAGCUAUUUCAGUAUGUGUUGAGAUAGCAGGUGUUGUUGCUGAGAGCCUCACACCCCCUUUUCUUCUGUGCUGUCGGUUUGGUAUUCUACACUGACCCCACUCAAAAUUACACCACUAACAGUGCAAGUGAAGUUCUCACCAAGAAGACGGUUUGAACAUAGAACAAACGCAAGUUAUCUGCCAAGGUCUUACCCACAGUUUUGUCAUGCACAGUAACAACACUGUCUGAGCCUUUCAUCUGCCUAGAACAGAGGUGUCACAAUCCAAUCCUGGAGGGCCCCAUUGUCUGCUGGUUUUUGGGCUGUUUCACCACCAGUGAUUCAUUAAAGUUGUUGAUUGGCUGAAGAAUCCACACACUCUGUUCUCAAGGCCAUAUCUGGCUUUUGAUUCAAAGGAAACCACAAAUGCCAGCAAAAACUGUGGCCAUCCAGGACUUGAGUUUGACACCUCCGCUCCAGUGCUGUUACCGUGCAAAACAAAACUGGAGAAUAUUUACUGUUGCAGUAAGCUUACUACUGAGGACAGCUAUUUUGCUGUUCUGACAAGUUAUGAGGAUGUUUGAGUCAGAUAAUCUCAGGAUUGAAUGCUGUAUAAUGUAAUCUAGUAGGCAUUAGUCGAACCUUUCAGGUUUUUUUGCACAGGUCGACUGGAAGGCAUUGAUCUUGUUACAGUAAUUUGACAUAUCACCUUUGGGUAAUGAUUACAUCUUCAUUUCAUCACCAUCAUCUCACUGGUGCAGAAAUUAAAGUUAAAAUCCAUUUGAACUUUAGUACACAGGUCAACACAGGUCACCGCGUAUGCUUGGGCACCUUUCUCUGCAUUCAAACUUACAGGAUACUUGUGUGAAUGCAGCUCCUGUUAGUUUUACCCCCCUUGAAGAACUAAUGUUUCUUAAAGCAGUUUGAAGCUCAGGCUGGACUAUUACACCAUGUUUUCUGUAUUGAUAGACACAUUUGUGAGUCUGUAGCAUACAGCAUUUGAAUAUUGUUACCCUGUCUGAUCUCCUGAAACAAAGUUUCUGGUUACAAUCGAUAGAAUUCUUGUUUACUGCAAGCAGCCACAACACCUGUAAUUUCUAAUUCAGAAUACUACUUUGCUGAUGAAUUCUGGUUAAAGUGGUUGAAAUAAUGAAUGUAUGAUCAUUUUGCUUUUUUUUGUAUGCCUAUCUUUGUGUUAUUCAUCUGGAAAAAAAUGUUUGUUUGCAAUGUAUUUAAAUCCUUCAAAGAGAAAUGCCCUUUUCCCUUUUCAAUAUUGUCUGUCCAACAUAAUCACCAUGAAGAGUCAAGAGUAUUUUCAUUGUUAUUACUAUAAAUGAAUGCAAUAUGACAAUUACUGCAGCAACAAAUAAAACAUCCAUCAUGUGGAAAAUGCAAUAAACAUUUGUUCAUAUAAAACAAA